AUGCGUAAUGGCGGCAUCGUAGAGUUGCCAGAUGCUGCUUCUCACCUGGAGCAGCCCAAUGACCUGCCGCAAGAAGAAGCAGAGAUCCACGUGUGUGCGUCCUGCGCGUCAGAACACUAUAAUCAUGUCGAGGCCUUGUGCCGCGAGCUCAACAUCGGCUGGGCCUUUGGCAGACAGGGCGACUUCAUGGAAGACACUGAAGGUGACAAAUGGUUUGGAAAGUGGCAGAACAGGGUUCUGCAAGCCAUGCAAAGCUUGCUACAACCUUUCGAAGUCCGAGAUGCCUUGGUCUGGGUCUACAUCUUGAUGAUCACCGAUGGCGGCAGCCGUAACUGCGAGAAGGAGCGAGACCGCAUGCCAGAGUUAAUGCAGUCGCUCCGAGAGGAGCGGAGGACAUCAGCUUUGAAGAUCAAAGUUGACAGCAAGCCCCUGAGAAUAGAAGACUUGACAGAGAAAGUUCGUAAGAUGCCUGCAGAGGAGAGCGAGGUACAACGGGUCUACCGUAAAUUCCUGCUGAGCGGCAAGCACGACUUCGCCUGGUCCUUCCACCUGAAGUCAAUAGCUUUGCAGGCUGAAUCUGAGUCGGCCCAGUUUCUGAUCCAUCGCGGCGAACUGGUUGGGGCAGCAUUGUUUGGAAGAAGAGGCGAAGGGCUGAGUGGUUGUGACGACAAAACUUUCCGCGAGCGUGUUGAUCGACUCAUCGCCUGCGUGGCUAUUUCGGAACGGAUAAAACCGAUUGUUUCGAGAUGGAAGAUCCCGAUUCGGUUCGAUCCACAAAGCUUGAUUGUUCAGAAGGCAGUGGAGUGGCGUUUGGACGUGGAGUCCGAAGAAGGCUUCGCGCGAUGUCUCCGAGAAGUUGCAGCUACGAACAUUGGGGAUAUCGGGGUGACGGCUGGCAACAUCAAAGGCCAAGACCGUCUGCAAGUCUUCACGAAGUUUCACAGCGCCUUCGGCAUUGACUCUCCCAGGCAGAGAUGGGAAGAAUUGAGCUGGAUUGCAGAGGAAGCACGCAAGGCAGAGUUGCCUGCGGACCUCCUUGAGGAACUGCAGACCAAGCUUAGAAGGGAGGAGGAGAACCUGAAGAAGGACACCUGCGCCAAGUGGUUUUCCGAGGAGGCAUUAUUGUUGAUUCCGAAAGGGCGGCCUGCCAGUAGCUUCUCUACGCAGGUGUCAUUUCGAGGGCGCAUCAACCCCGGUGCUCAGACUUGCUGGAUUUCAUAUCCUGGGAAGUAUGCAGCUGCCUGGCUAUCUGCGGCAUCCAAUGAGGGGGCACAAGAUUCCAUUGCCUGCGUCUUUCUUGCCGAAACAGAUGAUGGCUAUGGCAAGCACGACCCAGAUCCUGACAAAGAUGGCCUUCAGUGCUUCUGCCACAAGCUGUACGACGGACAAACCGAAAUGGGCUGUGGUUGGUACACGCAGUGGAUGGAGAAUGUCAAGGAAGCUCGUCUUGAGUAUGGGCAGCGUCUCAAGGCGGCCGUCUUUCCGGGCCAAGGCGUGGGGGGCUUGCAGAAAGUCGAGCUGGCAGCCGCCGACAGCAUGGGCUGGCAGUAUGAUGAGAUUGAUGUUGCCGAAGAGCUUGAAGAGCGUUUCCCAAAGGGCUGCGUGGUCGACGCUUGGUGCGAGGAGCGGAACUGCUGGCGUAGAGGAACAGUCGAAGCGCAGAAGGGCUCCAGCAGCACGACAUGCGAAGCAAACACUCUGGUGACAUGGACUGUGCGGUGCGAGGGCGAAGGCGGCGAAGACGAUGUAUUUGAGGCCUCACACAUUUGCGACACCUCGGUGGCCACCUCGGAGAUGCUGCACCAUCUUGGUCGUCCGAAGCUGCGGCAGCUAGUGCUGGAGUGUCUUCCAGAUGUUGUUGUGCUGGACGUGGGUACACAUCGGUUCCCCUCCGGCCUGUCUGCGCUCAAAUUCCGGCUGGAAGUCCGCAGCAUCGGUGCCCUUCACAGGCUCAGAGACCAAGUUCUGAGUGACAACCUGCAAAGACACAUCAGCAGCAGCAUCCGCGGUCCUUCGUCGGAUUCGAGCUGGCAAGUCGAAGUUGACAAGACGCGGUUCUUCCUUUGGUACGAAGAUGCCAUGCUGCAGCUCAAGGAGCUGACGCCUCACCAGAGAAAGUGCCUUCGUGAAAUCGACCAUUUCGAUGCGGUUCACCUGUCGGCCCCAGCCGGGGCAGGCAAGACUUUUGUGGCCGUCCAGCGCGUGAUUGAUCUACUGCGUGGUGAUGCCUCCGCUCGUGUGCUUUACGUCUCCUACACGACUGAGCUCGUCUAUUACUUCAUACAGUGGCUGGUUGUACGAUUGACAUCCCAACUGCAAUCCGAGUCCUGGAAUGAGAUCUGCAACCUUCUGGCCCGACUGGUGGUCUUGAAGAGGCCUUUCCGCUCGUUUCUCUCCCCAAGGCUGGAAAACGACCGCAUCAACCUUGCUCCGGCAGAGAAGGUGGACAAGUUUGAGCUGUUGGUCCUUGAUGAAGCUCACAACAUCUUUCGAGCAGAUGUCGAAAGAGACGCUCUUGAUCGAGUCACCUGCACCAACCAACUACUUCUAUCAGACGAUUCGCAAUCCUCAGCCGUGGAAGUGAAUAUUCCACCCAUGGAGUCGGUGGUGCUGACAGAGGUCGUCCGCAGCACGCGACAGAUCGUAGUGGGAGCAUCAUCUUUUCAGUUGGAGUCCCUUGCAGUGGCUGCUGGCACCGAUGGACCCGCACUGAAGUCCUUCAUCUUCGAGGAUUCCGGAGAGCAGGACCUGAUGUCCCAGUAUGCCAAGCAUGUCACAGACGCCAUCGUGCACGUCACUAAGGAGUAUCCCGACCUCAGCCUCCACAAGCGGAUCGCGCUCUUGGUGCCAGAUGACGAUUUUUUGCGGGAGCUGAAGAAGGCUUUGAAGCCAGAACUGGAGCGCAGACUUCCACACAAGCACUAUCGCUGUUACAGUUUCGCGGAAUCCCUGCUCCAUCUACCGGAACGGGCUCGAAGAUUGCGGACUCAACCCUCUCAGCAGAUGGAGCACCUUAUCCUGGAUACCAUUGCAGUUGCUGAUGGCCUAGAACAGCUCAUCGUGGUGUGUAUUGGGCUGGAUGCACCGAUUUGUGGAGCUGCCAGAGAUCUGGCGACACGUGCAGGCCUCUACAAAGGCAUUACGAGGGCCCAACUGAAGGCUAUCGUGGUCAACGCACACGUCCCCAAUGGCUGGUUCGAGUUUCUUAGCAGCGUACGGUUUUCUGAACAAGGGCUCUCUGAAGAAGAAGCAUCAAAGUACAAAUCCCAUGCUGCAAUCAAGAUCUGCCAAGAAGCGAAAGAUGACAUAGGCAGGGCCAGGCCGUUCCAGGAACGGCCUCAGCCAGAGACACGCAGCGCCAGCACAGCCGACAAGAAGACCGAUCCAGGCAUGUCCCAGCCCGAGACAGAGAGCAUUGCACCCGAAAGGGAGAAGAUGCCACAGCACGCGUCUAGCGUUUGGGAUACCAGGAACAACACGGUUCCGGUUCAUGCCCAGAAGCCCAUGUUCGACCCUUUGGCCAAGGACAACCGAGCCGCAGUCAGUUCCGAAGAGUUCCUUUUCGAUCCGAUGCCCCAGAUGAAGUACUACUACUGGCUCCAGUAUGGGUUUCAUGUGUACCGCCUGUUCCCGUGCUCCAAGCAAGAGUAUGACAAGAACCGCUCGGUCUUCAAGGUGUAUCCCAAUCCCCAUGACGGGAGACGGACGUAUCCAUCAUAUUAUUUUGGCGACAAGCUCAUCACACGCAAUGCAACGUAUCCGAGGCUGACUUAUUGCAGCGACACGUACUUUUACGGGUACUUCAAAAGCUCCAAGAUUGAUGAUGAUGGCAAUCUUCAAGGAGACCCAUGUGAUGUGAUCGACUCGGACGACAGGUGGCCGGAUCCGCGAACAUAA